GGCAGAGACAGUGAUUUGGACUUUAGUCGAUGAUGAAGUAGAUUGGAUCAGAAAUCCUUGAGAAGAGAGAGAGAGAGAGAGAGAGAGAGAGAGAGAGAGAGAGAGAGAGAGAGAGAGACGGUCAUGUAGGAGGGCUAUAAAAGCACUCCCUCCUUCACUGGAACAUGCAUUUAAUGUCAAAUGUUAUGACUGAAGAUUUGGAAUGUGCAGCAGUCUUCCUCUGUCUGUAACUAAAAUGUGUGAACAAGUAUGCUGAGGAGAACUCUGUGAAGAAGGUAGAGAUCGACAAGUCAAAAAGAUGUGGAAGUUCCAGACAAGUUUGGGCUGUUUAUUCCUGCUCUGUUGCAUCUGCUUGACUAAAUGCCGGGUGCUGAAGUUUGUCGUAGCCGUGUUCCGACAUGGCGAUCGAUCGCCUAUUGAAUCGUAUCCCAAGGAUCCUCAUGGGGAGGAAGUGUGGGCUCAAGGCUUCGGACAGCUCACUGAGCUGGGCAUGAAACAACAGUUUGAGCUGGGCAGCUUUCUAAGGAGGCGUUAUGGCAACUUUCUCAGUGAAGACUACGACAACAAAGAGUUAUAUGUGAGGAGCACUGACUACGACCGCACUCUGAUGAGUGCCCAGGCCUGCCUUGCUGGGAUGUUCCCCCCAACCAGACGCCUGCCUCCCAUCAUGCCCCAGUUACUGUGGCGGCCCAUUCCAGUGCACACCAUCCCCAGGGCCCAGGACAAGCUGUUGAAGUCUCCAGGCAAAGACUGUCCAAGGUUCAGAGCACUGAUGACGGAGACCUUUGAAAGCGAGCACUACCAGAAGUUCCUAAGGGCUCACCAGUACUUUGUGGAGGGACUUUCUAACCACACUGGCUACCCCGUCUCCAAACUGGUUGGAAAAAAAAUAUGGCGGGUUUACGACACUCUUACCUGUCAGAGGAUCCAUAACUUGACUCUCCCACGCUGGGCUACCCAAGAUGUUCUGGACACCCUGAAGAGAAUUGCAUCAUUUGAGGUCAUGUACAGCAUCCUCAGUCACAAACGAAAAGAGAAGGCCAGGCUCUCGGGAGGGGUGCUGCUCAAUGGCAUCCUGAGGAAUUUCUCCAGGGCUGUAGAGCAAGGGAGCACUCUCAAAUUCAUUAUGUACUCAGCCCACGACUCUACCCUCAUCACCCUCCAGGCAGCUCUGGACGUGUACAACGGCCUUCUCCCUCCUUACGCUGCCUGUCAACUCUUUGAGUUCUACCAGGAGAAUGAUGGUUCCUAUUCUCUGGAGCUGUAUUACCGCAAUGACUCCAGGCACGACCCCUACCCCAACCCUGUGCCAGGAUGCAACGGGGUGAACCCCUGCCCUUUGCCCAUGUUCACUGAGCUGGUGCGGGAUGUGGUGGCAGAACACUGGGAGGCCGAGUGCGGGUUCAGGACAAGAUUGUCAAGCACAGGUGUCAUCACAGCUCUUGCAGUGGCUGUGGGUGUCCUGGCAGUGGCGCUGUUGUUCAGCAUAGGAGUGGCAAUCCACAGGAGGAGAGCACACUACUCCAGGGAGGUGUAGUGUGACGACUGUCACAGACGUGCCAAAAAUACAGAAAGGUGCUUCUCUAAUAAUAUGUGCCAUGUAUUUUAAUAUCCUGAUUUUGUGUGUGGAGAGGCUUGUGAGCUUCACUUCUUCUUCUAUAAAU